GGCCGACGUCGGAGGCGCGGGGCCUGGUCCCCCCGGCGGCGCCUCACCAUGGCCAAGACGGUGGCCUAUUUCUAUGACCCGGAUGUGGGCAACUUCCACUACGGGGCCGGUCAUCCCAUGAAACCCCACCGCCUGGCAUUGACCCACAGCCUAGUGCUACACUAUGGCCUCUACAAGAAGAUGAUCGUCUUCAAGCCAUACCAGGCCUCCCAGCACGAUAUGUGCCGCUUCCAUUCGGAGGAUUACAUUGACUUCCUGCAGCGCGUCAGUCCCAAUAACAUGCAGGGCUUCACCAAGAGCCUCAACGCCUUCAACGUCGGGGACGACUGCCCCGUGUUCCCCGGCCUCUUCGAGUUCUGUUCCCGUUACACCGGGGCUUCUCUCCAGGGAGCGACCCAGCUGAACAACAAGAUCUGUGACAUCGCCAUCAACUGGGCCGGCGGGCUGCACCACGCGAAGAAGUUUGAGGCCUCGGGCUUCUGCUAUGUCAACGACAUUGUGAUUGGCAUCCUGGAACUGCUGAAGUACCACCCGCGGGUCCUGUACAUCGACAUCGACAUCCACCACGGCGACGGCGUGCAGGAGGCCUUCUACUUGACGGACCGCGUCAUGACCGUCUCCUUCCACAAGUACGGGAACUACUUCUUCCCCGGCACGGGCGACAUGUACGAGGUCGGGGCGGAAAGCGGUCGCUACUACUGUCUCAAUGUGCCCCUGAGGGACGGCAUUGACGACCAGAGUUACAAGCACCUGUUCCAGCCUGUCAUCAACCAAGUGGUGGAUUUCUACCAGCCGACGUGCAUCGUGCUGCAGUGUGGAGCCGACUCCCUGGGAUGUGACCGGCUGGGCUGCUUCAACCUCAGCAUCCGUGGGCACGGGGAGUGCGUGGAAUACGUCAAGAGCUUCAACAUCCCCCUGCUGGUGCUGGGGGGAGGGGGCUACACCGUCCGCAAUGUCGCCCGCUGCUGGACUUAUGAGACGUCCCUGCUUGUGGAGGAGCCCAUCAGCGAGGAGCUGCCUUACAGUGAGUACUUCGAGUAUUUCGCCCCCGACUUCACGCUCCACCCGGAUGUCAGCACCCGCAUCGAGAACCAGAACUCACGCCAGUACCUCGACCAGAUCCGCCAGACCAUCUUCGAGAACCUGAAGAUGCUGAACCACGCGCCCAGCGUCCAGAUCCAUGACGUGCCCUCCGACCUGCUGAGCUUCGACCGGACGGACGAGCCGGACCCCGAAGAGCGGGGCCCCGAGGAGAACUACAGCAGGCCAGAGGCUUCCAACGAGUUCUACGACGGAGAUCACGACAACGACAAAGAGAGCGACGUGGAGAUCUGAGGGGCUGGCGGGCGGGCUAGCAGCCGGACCCCCGGUCCCCCAAGGCCUUGGAGCCAGGCUUGGGGAACCGUCUGGCCCUUGGCCGGGAGGCAGGGAGGGGGACGCGGGGUGGUUCCCUGACCUUCUGCACCCCCUCCCGCCUCUCCCUGACCCACCGUCUCCUUGAGGUGGAGGUCAAGGAACGCGGCAGCGGUCGACCUCGCCUCCCUUCCCUCCCACCUCCCAGGUCCUCCGAGUCCAGGGUCUGGGCAGGCUCCGAGGCCCUGGUUUUGACCUGGGCAGGCCCAGGCCCCUCUCCCAGAGCCGCAGGGGCUCAGCUGCGGGCAGAAGUGGGGCAGGUCGGUCGUGGGGGGAGCCCCGGGGUCCUGGCUCUGGCCUCGGUGGGCCGGGGGGAGCGGGCGGAGAGGUUCCCGAAGGCGACCGAGGUCCGGUGGGACCCUGGGGUUCCUUUUGGCUCCUUGGUCCCCCACACCCCUUUCCGGCUUGAGGAGAAGCGGACUCCUUGGGGAUGGGGAGAGGGGGCGGGUGGGGCUGAGUCUGUCCUCUCCCCUUCAACUUCCCCGCCACCUCCCUGCAGCUACAGACCCCUCGGCCUGACGUUCCCCUCUCCCUGCCCCUCUCUCCCUCCACCCCCUUUCCUGCAGGCCUGGGUUUCCUCCGCCCCUGGGUGGGGUCAGGCGGCCCUUGGUUGGGGGGAGGGAUGGGGGGGUGACCCCCUUCCCCUCUGGGUUAAUGUCCAUUUCACCACUUUUUAUCCAAUAAAGCGAGUCGGUAUUUUUCUUA